ACGAUGGGCGGGCCCUUUGAACAAAUCACCAUGCCACAGAUAUACAACAUAGAUUAGAGCUAGAGAUGCCUCCCAAGAAAAAGACAACUGAAGAUGGCAAAUCUAAGCCUGCCGCCAAGAAAGCUCAAGCCAAGAGUGUAGGAGGGAGAAAGAUGCCACCUCCCAUGCCCAAAGGAGCUGAGCUAACAGAUUUUACAAAGAAGACUAGCUGGACUUUAGGUAGCUCAAUUGGGAAAGGUGGAUUUGGCGAGAUCUAUUCAGCAUCUAAAGCUGGAGAGAGAAAGAACGAACACUACGUCGUAAAAAUCGAACCUCAUGAGAAUGGACCGCUAUUUACUGAGCUGUCGUUUUAUCGCCGAGUAGCCAAGCGUGAUAUUAUUUCAGAUUGGUGUCAGUCACAUGAUCUGGCUCACCUCUCUGUGCCUGAGUUUGUGGCGGCUGGAGACCACACCUACUCUGAUCGCAAGUAUCGGUUCAUGGUCAUGCAUCAAUACGGGGAGGACAUUGAGAAGAAGUUCACUGCUGCUGGACGUCAGUUUGGAAUGAAAACAGUCUGUUACCUGGCUCUCAGGCUGCUGGAGGCUUUGGAGUUUCUGCACAGCUCAGAGUAUGUCCAUGCUGAUGUGAAGGGCUCCAACCUCCUCACUGGGCUGAAGGACCCCCACCAAGUCUUCCUGGUUGACUAUGGCCUGGCCUAUCGCUACUCUCCAGAUGGAGUGCACAAGGAUUAUUCAGAGGACCCACGCCGACAGCAUGAUGGCACUAUCGAGUUCACUAGCAUCGAUGCUCACAAGGGAGUUAACCCGUCCCGCCGUGCUGAUCUGGAGAUUGUGGGCUACUGCCUCCUACAGUGGGCUGCCGGGCGUCUACCCUGGGAGGACAAACUGGAGAAUAAAGACUAUGUGGCCAAAAAGAAAAUGGGGUAUAAGUCUAAUGUAGGAGAACUCAUGACUGCCUGCUUUCAUAGCAACCCAGUUCCCUCGUGUUUACGGGACUACAUGAAACAGGUGUUCAGGUUGGAGUACACGCAGGACCCGGAUUACACUCAACUAAAGAAACUGUUUCAACGGGAGCUCAAACAUAUUGGCUGCAAAGAUGAUUCCAAGGGCCUUGACUGGCUUACUUCGACUAAAAAGCGUGGACCAAGUUCAAGUGAAGCAGAAUUAAAGUCUCCUGCCAGCAAGAAAGCUAAAGUUGCAACUGGUAAACGUCAGAAAGCUCCUCUAAAAGACGAUCUUGAUACCAGCUCAUCAGCAGACGAAAAAGAAGCCUCCACAGAUCACAAACCUGCUCCAAUUUGUGUGGAGAAACCUUCUAUACAACGUGCUAUAAAGCGAAGGAAAGUGGAUUACAUUGAGGAUGAUAAUGGGGCCUUGCCUACAAAGCGAGUAAAGGUUGCUGUCGUGAAAGAGAGUGAAUCUAGCAAGAAACAAGAGCCAGUGGUUUUGUUACCCAAAGCAGCCUACCCACCUGAGCUGGGCUACUUCGAUGGGAAGAAGGUGAGUCAUAAGAAGCAAGUUCCCGUUAAGAAAGUGAUACCAACAUCGGCAGUGCCUCUGAGACGAUCCUCAAGGAAUCCACGCACUAAGAUAUAAUAAUAGUAUUACACCGGCCCUAUAGCCUAUAUUAUUAUAUUAUUAUAUAUUAUAUUAUAUUACUACUGAAACCUUUGUAUAAUUAUUCACUGCAAUUAUUUUCUCGUGCACUGCUUAUUAUUAUUAUUACGUCUGAUAAUUGAA